CACAGCUCGGAAUCUAAUUAGCAUUCAUCGCGCGGCACCCCGUUAUCCCCGCGGGUGGGAAACGCGCGCGCGCACCCUUUCCGUCGUGAUCGUUUAGGGGUGAUUUUUUUUGGUGGGGCGCGAUCUUUCAAGUGUGCGAGAUGAUCCCGUGUCUGUGCUAGCGAGUGUGCGUGCUGCUUCAACGACGUGUGCCCGCGUGAUCAUCGAACCCGAAUCUCGAACGUGUGUAAAGGGAAUGGCCAUCGAGCGCCACUGAUUUGCAUCCCUCGUGGCUCUGUUCAAAACGCGACCCAACCCCCCCGUGUGUGUGUGUUUGUUGGGGGUAUUUUUACGUUCCUGCCUCAACCGUAACCGAGACGCAACUCCCAUUGCCAAGGGAUUUUGGCGUUACGCGUCCACGCGCACGAGUGUUUUCCACCCUUUUCCACCGUACACGGGGAGUGCGUGUUUGCCUUGCCCUCCUCCUCCCCCACCCCACCGCGGUCGAUGCUUACGACCCCCCUUCGUGCCGCAUCGCGUCACAUUCGCGCAUUCCGUGUGUAGUGCGUUUUCCUGCUGCGUGGCUGCCGUGGCACGCGAGUGCGAACGAAAGGAACGAGAACAGACCCGCUAACACCCCUGGACAAUGGAGCUGCAGCCCAGCAACGGUGGUGUUGGUGAGCCAACCCACCGCAGUGCGUCACCGGCGGCCACAAACGGGUCGGCGACGGUUCCCAUCGUGGCCACUGCAAGCACCACACCGGCCAACGCACCGGAGCCCCCCAAAAAGACGACCAAUUGGGUGAAGUUUGAGGAGGAUGGCGCCCCCGAACCGGCUAAGUCACCAUCACCAUCGUUACCACCGCCACCGUACGGAAAGCAAUCACACCAACCGACCGGAAGUAGCAGGCCACCGUCCGCAACCACACCCGACACGGCACCUCCGGCCGUACUACCGACCGAGAUGGUUCACGUGAAUCUCGACUCACGAACACCGAGCACACCAAAGCAACCUGCAGUCCAACAAACCUCACAACCACCGGCCACCGGAAAACCCACCACAAUGGCCACCAUGCCGGCCGGACUUAGCAAAACGUCACAACCGGCCGUAAUAGACAUUGGCCCGAAACAGUCCGUAAACGUCGUUCAACCGAUCCAAUCGAUGCGUACGAUCGAGCUGUCAACGGGACGAGUCCGUGAAGGUUUCGCCAAUGGAGAUGUUAUCGUGACGCUUCUACCGACGAAUACUCGCUGGCCGUGGAUCACACCAGCCGUCUUCCGGCCGGAACUCGUCCCCGAGGAGCUCAUGGCACAGGGUUUGACGCUGACGGUGGAGGAGUACGUACACGCAAUGGAUACGUUGGUCAACGAUUAUCGCUUCACGCUGUACAACAUCUGCUACAAGCGUGUCCUGAUCGUGUGGAUCCUGUUCGCGUUCAUCGUGCUUGUUGGGUUGCUGUUCUCCGGGUUUUACGGUAUCACGUUGCUUUCGCUCGGUGUCGCCUGGUUGUUCCUGAACGCGGCCGCCAUCUUUCUGUGCAUGUGGGUAAAGCUGAAGCUGGCUCGAGGGCUCGAACGGUGUAUGGCGCGCGUUAACAAGCAGCUGAUCCGGCACAAGAUUCUGCUGGCGUUGGAUGAUCGUGGGCACAUCUCGUGCCACAAGGUGAACCUGUGCUUCAUGUACUUCGAGCCGUCGCAGUGCAUUAGCUAUCUGAACGAGUUUAUUGAGCGCAGCGAGCAGAACGGGAACACGAUCGAACCCGGCUGGGAAACCCGGCUUGAUGUCGCGACGAAUGACAUCGUUAUCCAGGGCGCGAACACGACCCGGUUGUCCCGGAAGCAGGAACGAGGAAUGCUGCUGCUGCUGCGGUACGCGUCCCGCUGGGGUAACGAGGCGAUGCGCGGCCUUCUCGACGUUACGCAGCAUGAACCCGCCCGCCACUGCCGCCAGUACCAGUGCCCCUGCCAGUACGUAGAGUACCACUUGAAGUGCAAACCGCGAGGCAAGUUACGCAUUUUUAAUCUCUUCUAUUGGCUAACGGCUUCGGAACGGUACGGCUAACUCUUGGGGUAACUUCCGGCCUGUGGGGGAGGGUGUUUUUCCCCUAUCUGCUAUGCCCUCCUCACUCUCUCUCUCUCUCUCUACUUUCCUACUUGGUAGUGCCUAGCAGGGUUGUCUUGCAAGAGCUAACACGGGUGACAAUAAUGGGGAGUGAAUUUUAAAUCGCUGUUGCAUGUUGGGUACAUACCGAUCACCUACACGAGGGUUUAAUAGACUUUCCCUCGUCCCCUUUACUAACCAAAAGUCCACGUUCCACGCUGCUUGUUCUAGAGCUAGAAGGCUACGGCUAGGCAACCGCGUACCCUCCGAGGAUCAAACAAACCGACGAUCGUAUCUUGGUUUUAGCUAAACCCCCGCUGCGUUACUUAGUUUACAUCCGGUUUUAAUUUUAGUUAUCUAGCGCUCGAUUACAUUCCCUCUCGUUGCAUCUGUUAUCUAGUACACGUAAGUCUCCAAAUCCGUCCACGUGGAAGCGCUCCUUCAAUAGUAGCCAAUCCAGUUUAGUUUGUGUAGCUUUCGAGCCGAUUUGCAUUACUCAUAGCCGAACCGGGAGAACCGGAAAAAGGGACCAAGAGUAGGAAGUAGGCCCAUUUUUUUGUUUUGUUUGUUGAUUGUACCUCCUCCAGAGUGUAAUCUCAAAUUUUAACUUCACCACAUGAGGCACCACCAGAAAAUGUGUGUGUGUGUGUUUGUUUUAAAAUAAACUCAUUCCAAGGAAGCAGCAUCGCGCAGCGUAACGUAACGUUCCGGUAAGCUGCAAGCGAUGGUGUUUUAGCAGUAAGGAUUUUAAAUUGUGGCUAUGUCGC